GCCGGCGUUCAGGAGACGUUUGGAGCAGUAUCCGAUGCAUUUGGCGUCUCCGAGGUUUGUUGGUGUGUUGAGUAAGAGAUCUUUUUCUAAGUAGCCUCUUUAAUCUCCAAAUCGGCCAUUUAUAACCUGCCUUAAUGAUAUACGGUUGCUGGUUUGGCAUGGUAUUGAAUUUGUCCCUCACCCUUAUCAUUUCUCUCCAGUAAUAGCAUGCAUCAUGUUUAGGUUUGUAGUUCCAGAAAUCUCCACCUUUAAUGUAUCUAGUGUGGAUCCACUUGACCCACAUUAUGUCUUUCUUUUCAGCCACAUCCCAAUUGAGCUUCAUCAUAAUUGCAGCUGUGUUCCAGUUUAGAAUAUUUCUGAUCCCCAAACCUCCAUACUUUUUUUGUUGGCAGAUUUCAUCCCACUGGACCAGUGGUGUCCUAUGUUAUUCUAGCAGUGAGCUUGUUGAUCAAUACAUCACACUCAUGAGCUCUAAGCCUGGCAGUGAGCUUGUUGAUCAAUGCGUCACACUCAGUGAGUGUUGGAUUGACAGAAUAAUUUGGAAGAUAUAGCGAUGUGGUUGGGCGUGAAAUUCUCUUCAACAACUUUGUCACUUCUGUUUGAGGUAUAGCGUAGAAGGGUGUGCAUUUCUUGAGGAAAUUAUUAUCACCUAUGUUGCACGGAAACUCCAUAUAGGCUGCCGUACCCGUUUCGGACACCUUGGACACGCCGACACGCCACGGACACGCCUGGAGACGUCUCGGAAACUCCACGUGGUGUUUCUGUAAUUUUAAUUUUUUAAAAAGAGAAAAAAAACUCCAAGGAAACGGCUGGGACACGCGUGUCUCUUUUUGGAAACGGCAGGGACACCUCUUUUUUAAAAAAUGGGGUUCUUUUUAUAAAUUUUAAAAGUUUUGGAACUGACUCAAAUUAUAAAAAGUAUUAUCUGGCCCUAAAUCUUCAUCGCUCCUUUGUGUUACGCGGCUAUCAUAUUUAUCGACAAUAGACAGCGGCCCUUGAAGAAGCUUUACGCAGCUGGUUGGCCAACUACUCGCCGACAAAGGGCGCGACAUCAGGUGAAGUGUUCUCUCCAAAUAAGCUUCUCGCCGACAAAGGGAGAAGCUUACGCCGCUGGUCAGUGACUUCUGGAUUUUAUGUUAUGUAUUUUGAACUUAUUUAUGCUUUAAUAUGUUUUGUAAUGACUAAAUUAUGCUAUCUCUU